AUGAGCCACAUCCAGAUCCCGCCCGGGCUCACGGAGCUGCUGCAGGGCUACACGGUGGAGGUGCUGCGGCGCCAGCCGGCCGACCUGGUGGACUUCGCCGUCGACUACUUCGGCCGCCUGCGCGACGCCCGCCGCCCCGCGCCCGCCGCCGCCCCGCUCGCCCCGCGCGCGCCCGACCCGCCGCCCGCGCCCGCGCCCGUUCCAAUUCCGAGCCGAUUUGAUAGGCGGGUAUCAGUCUGUGCUGAGGCCUUUAACCCUGAUGAGGAAGAGGAAGAUACGGAUCCACGGGUGGUUCAUCCUAAAACUGAUCAACAGAGAUGCAGACUUCAGGAAGCUUGCAAAGACAUUCUCCUUUUCAAAAAUCUUGAUGAGGAACAACUUUCUCAAGUCCUUGAUGCCAUGUUUGAAAGGACCGUCAAAGUUGAAGAGCAUGUCAUUGACCAAGGAGAUGACGGAGAUAAUUUCUAUGUCAUAGAACGGGGAACCUAUGACAUUUUAGUAACAAGAGAUAAUCAGACCCGCUCUGUUGGUCAGUAUGAUAACCGCGGCAGUUUUGGAGAACUAGCUCUGAUGUACAACACACCAAGAGCUGCUACCAUUGUCGCCACUUCAGAAGGUGCCCUGUGGGGACUGGACCGUGUGACUUUUAGAAGAAUCAUAGUGAAAAACAAUGCAAGAAAAAGGAAGAUGUUUGAAGCAUUUAUUGAAUCUGUACCCCUACUUAAAUCACUAGAGGUUUCAGAACGAUUGAAGAUUGUGGAUGUUAUCGGAGAGAAGAUCUACAAAGAUGGAGACCGUAUAAUAACUCAGGGCGAUAAAGCUGAUAGCUUUUACAUUAUAGAGUCCGGUGAAGUAAGCAUCUUAAUUAAAAGCAAGACUAAAGCAAACAAAGAAGAUUCAAACCAGGAGGUGGAAAUUGCCCGCUGCCAUAAGGGGCAAUACUUCGGAGAGCUUGCACUAGUCACCAACAAGCCCAGAGCUGCUUCAGCUUAUGCAGUAGGAAAUGUCAAAUGCUUAGUUAUGGAUGUACAAGCAUUUGAGAGGCUUCUCGGGCCCUGCAUGGACAUCAUGAAGAGAAACAUCUCAAACUACGAGGAACAGCUGGUGAAAAUGUUUGGCUCCAGCAUGGAUCUGACUGAUCCUGGCCAAUAGGCGUGCCACACCUCAGAGCCUUCUCAGUGUGACACCAAAACCUUCUAGUCAGCCACAGAACACACACAACAGAACUGUUCCUGCUGUUGCCACCACCACUGCCAGAGUUAUGGCUGUGGGCAUUUAUAAAACUUGAAAGUCAGCACUAAAGGAUGGUCAGAGGUUCCACCCACACCUCCACAAUGCUUCUGAAAGUUCAUUAUUAGACCAUUUGUCAUGAUGACACCCACCCCGUUUUUACAUCUUUGGUUCAAAAUGGCAUGUCGCUCCAACAAUUUAAGUGCCUGAUACAAAAGUCCAAAGUGUAAACAUGUUCCUUUCAUCUCUUGCUGCUACUGUUGCAUUUGGAAGACACCACAGAUCUGUACAAAUCUACUGUGUAAUUGUA